GGCGACGCGCGAGCGUAAUACGUCGUGAAGGAGAGAGAGGGAAUACUGGCCACCACGGCAGCAGCGGCAAAGCAGCGGCCAGCGGCAGCGACGAUACUAUGAGGUGUGCUGCUCUCGUCGGCAUACUUUGUAUAAGUGAGAGCAGUGGACUUCUUUGGGCAUUACUAUAGGAGAGAAAAAUUGACAACAAAGUUAAUGAUGAACGGGAAAACGCAAAUGGGUGGCGAUGACGUGGAGAUCACGGUCACCGGAGAUAUCCAGCCAACAUUACCAAUUCAAAACUCAUCCACUGGAUACGAUUUUCUACAAAUACCCCAAUUGCCUUUAACACAAUUGGGCUAUCCUCAAGCCCAAGAAUGGAUACAACACAGAAAGGCAACUUUGAGACCGUGGGGAUUGUUCAUAAACACAAACAAUAUCAGAGCACCUCCCAGUAUACCAAGGCUGGGCAAGCGUAUCAUGAAAAAUAUUGAGUACUUCCAGAGCAAUUAUUUCUUUGUAUUCAUCGGUCUUGUUAUCUACUGCCUUAUUACCUCACCUCUUCUCUUACUUGCGGUCGCUGCUUCGCUUGGCACAUGCUACAAAGUAUCUCAAAGACAUGCCAAACAAGAGUUGACGGUAUUGAAUCACAAAUUGACACUGGCACAAGUGUACAUGCUCGUUGGAAUUUGUUCACUGCCUUUGUUUUACAUUGUUGGAGCUGGAGCCGUUCUUUUUUGGGUUUUGGGUGUAUCUUGGUGUUUGAUAACGCUACACGCCGCUUUCUACAACAUAGACUCAGUAUUGUGUCCAGGAGAGGACGAGCUUAAUUCAUUGGUGAUGCAAGAAGUAUAGCCAGAUUCAAAUACGCUUGAGUACAUGAUAAAACAUUUGUUGCUUUGUUAAAAAAAGAAAAAGCUACAAUGGCUCUGACCAAAAAGUCAUCCCACAUUGACUAUGGACGUCGUUCGAAAAUAUUCGUUAUUAGUUAGAUCGUUUUUUAUAUAAGUCAACAAAUUAUUUAUUCUAUCGAGAUUGUAUAUAUAAUAUAAAUAUAUAAAUAUGUAUAUCGAUAUGAAA